UGAAUUGUACUUGACAAAGGGCUCGAUUUCAAAACGCUUUAUCAAUGUAUAAUUUAUAGUGAGUUACUUAAAAAAGCAAUUGUUUAAAAAAUAUUAACGGUUUCUCUGAAUCAUGGAAGAGUAGCAAAAGAUGAAAAUGACAGCAAUGAAGUGAAAACGACUUUCUACAUCUCAACGUAAUCCUGAGAAACAUCAGCUUAGACAUGAAGUUUAAUUCAUUACAGUUUAUUUUAAUUGUUUCAAACACAGUCUUUCGAGGGUUUGCACAAUACUUAAGUCGAACAUCUUGGUUUCCUCAGCGACAAAAGUCUGAAAAUCAAGGAACGACGAACAGAUAUGAGUUAAGGAGACAAAUGUCGUCAUUUUAUGAUAAUCCCAUUGUUUACCAAUGGAAGAAACAUUUUUCCAGCGACGAAGCGACUGUCCCUUACAGACUUGUUCGGGGCAUGCGCAAAAAUAAUCUGAACAAGCCUGCACACACGAUGAGAGAGGCAAUUAAGAGAUACCAAAAAGCACAAGGAUGGCGCUAUAAGCUUAUUAAAGGUACAGACAUGCAUUUGAUGGAUAUUUUUAAGGGGAGAUGUUGGGAAUAUCAGAAGCGAUUUGCUUUCAAGGAGAUCGUCGAUUGUACGAAAUUGUGGCAAGCGUUUCUUGCGGGUUUUGCUUAUCGCGAGCCUUGCGAUGUGACGUUAGAGGAUUACAAUGGUUUUUUUAAUAUGAUCCACGAAGGUCCUCUCGUCAACAAAUCAAUGAUGUGGUCGGGAUCUCGCGAAAUAGCCCACGAGCUCUCCAAAUUCAACAGUAGAUAUACAACGCUGGAAGAUACAUUUGCGGGUUAUUUGCUUGAUGGCAUGCAAUGGUGUGGCAUGAAAAAGAAUCCUGGAGUGAAUUACAAUUUCUGCCCUUAUGAAUGCGCAAAACAGAAAGCCUUUUGGGGAGCAGCUGCAGAAAAGAUGGCACGGAGAUCGGAAGGCAUAGUGUAUGCAGUGCUCAACGGGACAAGGCAGCAUUGGUCUGACAAACAGAUAUUCUCAGCUUACUUGACGGACGGGUACAUGGCAAGGAGUCAAAUACCAAACCUCGAUCCAAAGAAAGUGACAGAAGUGCGAAUUAUGGUCGGCCACUCUCUGCAUCGUAAAAUAUUAGAGCGAUGUGGCAUAUAUUCCAUACGGGUUUUACAAGAACAGCUGGAGCUUCAAGGAAUACAAUCCUCCUGUAUUGACGAUCCUUUGUCGAUUCGAGAUCUCCUGUGCAUGGACCAUCCUGAAGAUGAAACAUGCCAAUUCAAAGUGACUAGUUUAAUGAAGUAAGGAAAACUUUUACCAUGGGGUGUCGUGCUCUAGGCUGCGAAAAAAAUAAACUAGAAGUCUUGGAUAUCUAGCUUAAUGAAGUAAGAAAAACUUUUACCAUGGAGUGUCGUGCUCUAGGCUGCGAAAAAAAUGAACUAGAAGUCUUGGAUACAUUAUAGAGAUUGACUUGUGAAACCUUCAAGAUUAAAGUCUGUAGAUCGUGCGCAGAAAAUCACAAAUGAAGCGAUGACAGUCGAUGAGCUAGCUGUAAUGUUGCUUUCUAAAUUUAAGUGAGGGAGAGGCUCUCAUGACUAGUUUCAAGCCGUGAAAUCGAAAAAAUCGUCAUCACAUGACAUCAUAGAUGUUCACAACGUGCGACUGAAUUCAUUGACAGUUGACUGACCACACAAAUGAUAACUCAAAAGCGUUUCGACUCAAAAUUAAAAUUUGAAUAGGGCCUUUAUCAGAAAGCCAGUUCAAUUUCAAAAGAAAUCAGUCGGGCACAACUGAAUAUGUGAAUACAGCUCCCCCUUCCCCACUCGCAAUUAACGCUCUAGCUACGGCCUUGACCUUUAUGUUUGGAAUAACUUCCACUCAUAGUCAUACUGUGUUCGAGCAAGGCAAUAUAGUGUUUAUAAUAGAUUAUAGAUUUUCGAGUGUAGAAGGGGGUGCUCACGAAAGAGUGUGUAUGAAAAAUGAAAAAAGAGGCUCUGCCCUUCCAAGAAAGCGCUCAUCUAUUUCUACAACGCUUGCUGGCACUGAUAGAGAAAACAGUAUAGACAAAUAAAUUAUCAACAUCGCGUA